UGCUGAAGUAUCUAUCCCCAAGAAGACGUCUCUUCCCCGGGUGUUGGAGCUGGCUCUCCUCCGCUCCGACAGGGGGCAGCUCUGCGAGGAACAGCCGCAAACAGGCCGCUGUGUCCGGUAAAAAAAAAGAUGUCUGCGCCCUGAAGGAUGCUGCUAGCGGCGUGAAGGUACAGGACGAGUGACAGUGGAUGGAUUCUCAGUUGACUUGGAGGCAGAUUUAAGGAUUUCCAACUAGACCAGGAUGUCAAAGAUCUCCAAGGCAGCCAAGGCUGUGAAGAAACUGGAUGUAAGCAAUGUAAUCCGGGCUAUCGUGAGGUCAGGACAAGCAGCCCCUGGACCCCCAUUAGGCCCCAUCCUCGGACAGAGAGGAAUCCCCAUCGGACAGUUCUGCAAGGACUUCAAUGAGAAGACCAAGGAGCUGAAGGAGGGCAUUCCUCUUCCAAUCAAGAUCCACGUGAAGCCUGACAGAACCUAUGACCUGAAGAUCGGCCAGCCCACUGUGUCUUACUUCCUCAAGCAAGCUGCGGGCAUCGCAAAAGGGGCCGGAAAGACAGGCCACGAGGUAGCAGGGAUGGUGUCGGUGAGGGCAGUAUAUGAGAUUGCCCAGGUGAAAAUCCAGGAUGACUGCUUCAAAAUCAGAAACACUUCCCUUGAGAACGUCGUCAAAACCAUCAUUGGCUCAGCCCGCUCGCUGGGCAUCAAGAUUGUCAACGAUCUGUCAGCUGAUGAGUACAAAAUCUUCUUGGAGCAGAGAGAGGAGAAGUUAAAAGCUGAUGCAGCAGCAGCAGCUGCAGCUGAUGCUUUGUCGGGCAAAAAGAAAUGAAGACCUGCAACCUCCGAUAUGAACCCCCUCCAUUCCUGUUUUUAUUGACUCGACUGCACUCAUAUUCACUGUUAAUGUUGUGUGUGUACAAUCUUAAUAAACAGCUGUUAUGUUA